UCGAAGCUUAGCACCAAAUUAGUUAAAAAUGGCUUAUUUUAGACUAAAUUUAUUAAUCUCUUGUUUCAUUAUAUGUUUCACAAGUUCAGUGAAUUCAUCAGUGUGUUUCUGGAACAGUGGUUGUCCCUACAAAUAUUUUGCGGGCAAAACACCAUACAAUUCAGUGAGGGGCGAUAUAAGGGACUCAGUCAUAAAUGUGAAAGGCUGUGAAGCAGUAAGCAUUUGGGGACUCUACAAACAUGGAAAAAGUUACCCCAAUAAUCACUACGCAGCAAAAAUGGAGGGUGCGGUGAUUAUAAGAAAUUAUUUGCAAGACAGCCAAGCUAAAGGGACGUGUUCUCUCUGCGCCCAAGACGUUGAAAAUUUAAAGAACUGGCCUAUAGAUAAGAAAGUUUUUAAAGGACUUAAUGAACUUUCUGAUGAGGGCUAUCAAGAAAUGGUCGGCCUCGGGAGGAGGUUGAGGGCAGUGUUUCCGAAUUUAUUGGGUAAUCUUGAGCAAGGGGAGUACUCUUUUCGACCUACAAGUGUUGACAAAAUAGAGGACAGUGCUAAAGCGUUUAUUGAAGGAAUUGUUAAUAAGGGCCUCGAACUGGAUAAAGAAAAAGAUUAUGUUAUGGCUUCACACACAACAUGUGAAAAGUACGAAAAAGAAGUUAAAUCUAAUUCAAAAACGUACGAGGAGGUUGUUAAAUAUCAAAAAUCUUCGGAAUUUUUGGUGACUAAGGAUAGAAUACAGAGACGAGCUGGUUUAGACGUUGCGUUAACGGAUGACAAUGUGACGGCAUUAUACGACUUAUGUCGGUAUACUUGGUCAGAAAUCGACAAUAAACCUAGCCCAUGGUGUGCCAUUUUUACUUCGGACGACCUACAAGUACUAGAGUACUUGGAAGACCUGAAAACCUACUACAGAAGUGGGUACGGCACUCCAAUGAACAAAAUAUUCGGGAAUAUCCCCUUAACAGAUCUCCUAAAGGGAUUUCAAGAGGCUAAAGAAGCGAAAGGCAAGAAAAUUACAGCGUAUUUCAGCCGCGGUACUGCAGUUGAUAUGACGAUUACAGCUCUGGGAAUAUUCAAGGAUGAGAAACCUUUGACUGGUGCAAAAAGGAAUCGAGAUAGGAAAUGGAGGAGCAGUAAAUUGUCGAACUUUGGGGCGAAUAUCAUGGCAGUUUUGAGCAAAUGUGAAAAAGAAGGUGCAACGGACUACAACGUUGUGUUCUAUUUGAACGAAGAGCCAAUAAAGGCGAUUUGUAACGAAGCUAUUUGCCCCUGGACAGAGUUUGAGGAGAAAAUGAAGGAAUACAGCGACACUAAACUCGAUUUUUGUAAAACCGACUAAAGUUUGUAAAGUAGAAUAGAUACUUAUAAAUAUUUAUAAAUAUGUAAUGUACAAUCAAUAAGAGAUUCAUUAAGCUUGUUCAUUUGUGCCAUUAUUUGGAAAUAGAAAAUAAAAACGAAAACAAAAUUACGCGUGUUCACAAAAUUUCGUUCGUUCGUUUCAGCCAAAUGACGUCCACUGCUGGACAAAGGCCUCCCCCCUCACAAAAUUUACUUCAUUUAAAUAACACUUCAGAAAUAAAACCUGUAGCUUUCGCAAUAAACUUCUUUUGAGCAUAUCGCUUAGUCAAAAGUACUUUGAAGAGUUUAUUCUAACGUUUUAGAAGGCUGAUUCUUGUGUAGAACAACAAUGAACAAAGAAGUUAACAAAUCCGAUAAAGAUCCUCUCUUCCACAGAACAAUACGGAUUGUCCCAACUUGGUAACAUUGAUGAAUAAUAAAAUUCUCGCGCAGGUAGCGAGAGUUCUGC